AUGUAUCAUAAAAAAUUCAACCAAGGAGUCUGUAUUUUGGUGAUAAUGGCUCUCGCAAUAGUUCGAAACCUCGUCAGAACGAAUCCUCUGCAAAGUAAUUUAGCUCAAGCGAUCGCGAAACCGGCUGUUCGUUCUCUCGUUAGUAAUUCUUUCGAAGUUCAAGAUCCAGAAGAUUUUCAAGAAAGGGUUUUGAAAAGCAAGAGCGCUAUCAUCGUUCAGUUUCACGCACCAUGGUGUAAACCUUGCAAAAUACUCGCUCCCAGACUUGAAAAAGCUGUCGAUUCGCUAAAUGGAAAAAUUAAGAUCGCUAGAGUGAACGUUGAUCAUUGUACCGAUGUCGCUUUCGAUUACGAAGUCGAAGCCAUUCCAGUCGUAGCUGCUUUUAAAGAUGGUAAAUUGAAAGAAAAAAUGGUCGGUCAGCAAGACGAAGAUAAACUGCUCGCAUUCGUUAAAAAACACACCGACGAUUAAAACUUUCACCAACACCAGUAUCAAGUUGCCAAUAUAUAAGAUUACGAUGUGAUUUACUUAAUUUACCUACACGAAUAAAAUUGCUCGAUUUGUUUAGUUUUUCAA